GCGGGCAAAAAUCGCUCCAAAAAAUAGAAAAUUCAUGAAUUAAAACCUUCAGAAUGGAUGAUUUUGAUUGUCCAGUCAAUUUGGAUCCUGAAGUGAUUUGUAGAAUUUGUCUGGAAUCCAAGCCCUUGACGAAUUUGUUCGUAAAAGAGAUUAUCGAUGGAAAUUUAGUUACGUUACCGACAGUAUUUCAGCAGUUUUUUCGAAUUAAAAUUGUUCACAACGAUAAACUCCCACAAAAGAUCUGUAUCGAAUGUAAAAAGAAGCUAAUUGAGUCGAUAAAGUUCAAACGGAAAUGUGAGAGCUCAAACAAGGUGUUGCACGACUUAUUGGAGCCUGGAUACGAUUACACUUUUUACGAGGUCCUUCCAAAACCUGAAAAAACGAGUACAAAUGACUUUUCUUGCCAAACAGACGACGAAAUUACUGCAAAAUUUGAUGAAAAUGUCAACGAAGAUGCUUUCGAAGACGGGAUACAGUAUUCAAAAAUCCAAGAAAAAGUUGAAAAAGCUUUUGGUGACAUCGGGGAUGAGUUUGACGAACUUUACAAUUUAUAUUCCUGCUUCGAUCGAGACGCAGACGGCAAUUUUUGUGUCAUUCCCGGAUGCUAUGAACGUCUUUCAACUGCCCAAGUCUUACAAAGUCACAUGAGAACAAAACAUUCCAAGAUUCUUUCGGAUUUCAUUCAAAAUUUGGACUUGAUGCUUCAAAAAAGUGAAGAAAAGGAAGCCGAACCAAUGCAAAUUUACACUGAAGAGCCAUCACAGUCGUCCCAAGAACCAUUUUCACUGCCAGAAAACACGGAAUUAAUCCAAAUUGCCGAAAUUGACGACGAUGAUGAUCAAUUUAUCGAAGAAGAAAUCACGGAAGAUGCGAAAAAAGAUUCGGAUUCGGAAGAAGAUAAAAUUGUAGAAAUCACAAAUGUAGCAUAUCAUUGUCCAAUUUGCCAUAAAUUGUAUCAAGGACCGGAAGAUAUCGAAAAACAUCGAAUUUUACAUGAAAUUGUGCUGCCCGUGUUAUUUGACAACACUGAAUUUUACUGCUGCGAAGUUUGCAAAGCCGUUUUUGUCUCGUACGAUCAAAUAAAAAAUCAUCUGAAAAACGGACAUGAAAUUUUGGAUCCCAAAAAAUCUGGAAACGAUCGUGAAUUUCAAACGUUGCCAGCGAUUAGUAAAAAAAUCUUUCUUUUCAAGGACCAAAGUGAAUUAGAUGAAACAGGAUAUCUCGAAAUGUUUGAAACGUUCGAACUGAAAAACGAUUCGCCGCUCAUUUGUGGCGUUUGUCAAAAAUCCUACAAAAAUAUCGAGUCCGUGAAGUAUCACAGCUUCAGUCACACCAAAAAUUUCGAUUGUCCGUUGCGUGAUUGCGAGACAAGUUUUGAUUUUUUCUACAAAUUACUCGGGCACAUCAGGUAUUCGCAUUACAAGGAGAAAAUUAUCGAAUUGACGUGUCCGUAUUGCAAAGAGCAGUUUAAGACCAAGAAGGAAUAUGGCACGCAUGUGAGAGAUAGUUGCAAAAAAAGAGUUCUUUCGUGCAAUAUUUGUUCGAAGAAGUUUGUGAAUCAGGCAGCGCUGAAAAAUCAUCUUAAAGUGCAUGACGAGCAGAAAUGUGAGGAGUGUGGAGAAACUUAUUUGUCACCUUCUGACCUGCGAAAUCACAUCAGAAUGGAUCAUGCAGACAACAAUAAAAUGUACAAAUGCAACUACUGCCCCAAACGCUUUCGCACUCCAAGUCAUCGAACGGACCACGAAAAUACUCACAACACGGAAAACAAGUACCAAUGCGACAUUUGCCAGAAUUUCUUCAAAUCUGAACGAGUCAUGAAAUCGCAUCAAAAACUCCACACCGUCGGAAGAUCUCAUGCGUGUCCGAUCUGUGGAAAAAUGUUCAAUCGCAAUUACCACGUUAAGCUUCACAUGAAAACGCACAAAGAGAAGCCUGUCUGAACAUGAAAGUCACACAAAAAUAUUUUUAGAACUAAUUUAUUUCUAAUGUAUCGAAAAUAAACUUUUUU